AUGCCAUACGUAGGAUGGAUGGAGCUUAACUUUAGGCUGUUGUCGUCUAAGGUGGAAUUGGCAGUUCCCUUUCUUGUUACAGACCAAUCAUUGGACACGCCAAUAAUCGGCUUUAAUGUGAUUGAGGAGAUUGUUAAAACCAGUAGUGAGGAUGUUGAGCUACAUCAAGAAAUUACUUCAAGUUUUACUAAGUUAAAUGGUAAAAAUGCUUCAGCAUUAGUGAAUUUUAUCCAAAGCCGUAAUCAAAGUGAUCUCUCCUUUAACUCCCAGACAAAGUCAAAGUGUGACUUGCAGGGCAAACACAGGGCCUGUAGAGAGAACUACUCCAGUACUGUUUGA